AUGUCGCCGAGACCGUUUGGAGGACCACAACAAUUCAGCGGCAUGCCUCAGACAGUACGUACCUCUUUCAUCACAUUUCCAAGAGAAUGGCAGAUGGGCGUAUGCUGGGGCAAAAUCCGCCAAGUUCAUGGUGACCAGAAUGGAUAUCGGAUCCUGCUGAACCCGUCCGAGACUGCUGCUUUCCAACGCUUCGUUCUAGGUAGUAAGCAGAAGCUUAUGGAUGAAAUCCAUUCUGCAAAACGAAUGGCCGAAGAACAACUUAGACUUCUCGAGAUGCAAGAACGUCGUCUUCAGAUGGGCUCCAAUCCGGAAGAAAGCAUGGAUUCCAUCUCCAAUCGUCUGAGCAGAGCAAGCCUCCAUGGACCAGUGUCAGAGCCCACCACCCCGCCGGAGUACGCAGACAGUUCAUAUCGCUAUUCUCGAGGUUCGCGCUUAUCUACAAGUUCGAUAAUGAGUCCCCCAGGUCUUGGCGGCAAACGCUACUCGCAGACAUCGGGUCACUUGAUGUCCCCAUCGGCCACACGAAUGUCUGGAUCUAUGUUCCCCAAUGCUCAGCCAUCGGCCAAGUCAGUCCCUGCCUCUAGGAGAGGAUCUGACGAAGAAGAAGACUUUGCAGACGACCUGCCUAACAUCCGACAACCUGCUAUUGGCAACAGAUAUUCUAUGCCGGUUGGCACAAGCCGUCCACCGCAAUCUCACCGCUUUAGCGUGGGUCCCCCGAGUUCUCGGAACGGGUUCGAUCUGCCUAUCAACACGUCUUUCUUGGACGAUAGUGAGAGUCAUUCGAUCGUCAACGGUCUCGACCUCAAAUCCCCUAUUUCCAAGACUUUCGCUCAGCUCGAGGGAGACGACGCUUUCCCGACUUUGAGAUCUGACGGUCAGAAGUUGUCGGCCAAUUCAGCUGCACUAGAUCUUGCCAAUUCCAAGACACCAGACGGUCUUUCUCUCCUAGAGGGUUCAGAUUGGACCAUCGGUUCUCGAGUUCGUCCAGACCAUCAGUCUAUGCCUCAGAACGAUUCUAGCAUGUACCGUCCUGUCCUGAGUAACAUCACUGCAACCAACGGUGAUCGUUCAGUUGAGCCUACUCGUCGCAAGAGCCAGCGUCACUCCCUGGGUGUCAUGUUUCAAGAUCCCGUUACCACCAACGGCAAUCAGCCUCCUCUACCCACUACUCGUCCUGCUUCUUUGCAGACAUCCUAUUCCACCAACGACGUUCCCACUGUCCGCAAGUCUCUGAACAUGGACAUGGCUCCUCCAAAGACCACCGCUGAACAGCAGUUCCGCAACCAUAACAUCAACAUGGGUCGCAUUCCGAAUGGUGCCGGCGCCAACCGCCAGAGCCGCGAAUACGGCAAUGGUGCCAUGUCCGACAAGACUGCUGUUCCUCAGAAUGGUCUUCAAGGUGCUGCGCCGUACGGCACUGGCUAUGAAUCCAAUAUCAUGGGCAUGAGCAACGGCUACAAUGGACCCUCCACCUACAGCGCUGCCAACAUGGCUGCUAACGGCUUCAUCAAUGGCCAGAACGGCAACACUCAGGGGUACGGCUUCAACAAUGGUGGCUACGGCAACAACUAUGCCAAGAGUGGUGAGGCUGCAAACCGUGGCGGCCGUCGCAACUUCGACGAGACCCGCUUCAACAAUGCUCCUCUGUCGACGUAUCAAGGUCGUCUGUACGAAUUGUGCAAGGACCAACACGGUUGUCGCUAUCUUCAGCGCAAGCUGGAAGAGGGUGUUCCUGAUCAGAUCGAGUUCAUUUUCCAAGAGACUUACCCAUACAUCAUUGAGUUGAUGACGGAUCCUUUCGGCAAUUAUCUGUGCCAGAAGUUGUUUGAGCACUGCAACGAGCAGCAGCGCAACGUCCUCAUCGCCACUUCUUCUCCUGCCCUGGCUGUCAUUGCUGAGAACCAGCACGGCACUCGGGCUCUGCAGAAGAUGAUCGAAUUCCUCCACACCUCGGAGCAGGUCGCUAUGGUCACUGCCGCUCUAGACCCCUGGGUCGUCAAGCUCGUUCAGGACCUCAACGGCAAUCACGUCAUUCAGAAGUGCCUUACUCGCCUUGGUGCUGAGCAAUCUCAGUUCAUCUACGACUCUGUCGCCAAGAACUGCGUUCAAGUUGGCACUCAUCGUCAUGGCUGCUGCGUCCUUCAGCGCUGCAUCGAUCACUCUCAGGGUGUCCAGCGCGCCAAUCUGAUCGGUCAGAUCAUCAGUUGCGCUUUCGAUCUGGUUCAAGACCCAUUCGGCAACUACGUCGUCCAGUACAUUCUCGAUCUUGAUGAGCCGGUUUUUACGAAGCCACUCUGCGAGAGCUUCCAUGGCAAGGUCGUUGCUUUGUCGAAGCAGAAGUUCUCUUCCAACGUCAUCGAGAAGUGUCUUCGCACUGCUGACAUGGAUACGAAGCGUGCUUUGGUUGAGGAGAUGAUCGGCAGUGAGUUGGAGCGCAUGCUUCGCGACUCAUUCGCCAACUACGUCGUUCAGACUGCUCUCGACCACGUCGAUCCGACUACUCGUGCCCGUCUGAGUGAUGCCAUCAAGCCAAUCCUGCCGGCCAUCAAGUCCACUCCUCAUGGUCGUCGCAUUGCUAGCAAGAUCGUCAACCACUCCGAGCCUGCUCACGGUCCAGCUCCUCCGGUCGCUCCACCGGUCGAUAACUACAGCAUGUCCACUGGUCGUGCUUCCGGUCGUCGUCAGAUUCAGAUUGUUGGCGGUGGUUUCAAUGUUCCUCGUGCCAACGUUCCCAACUACAAUCACAACGGUCAGAAUGGCGAUCAUGGCUUUGUCAACGGCAACGGCAUCACCAACGGCUACGGCAAUGGUGUCCCGCCCAACUCUGGUCCUCAUGAAAUGUAUGCUCCGCAGGGCUAUGGCUACGCCAACGGCCACCUUGGCAACGGCUUCAUCUAA